CAAACCUUGUGUCAUUCGCUAUCAGUGGCUUGCCGCCAUAACUCUAUUGUACUGUGUUUUCGUUUCCAUUCAUCAGAAGUUUGCUGUCAUUCGAUGAAAUUUAGCAAGAUGAAUAUCACAUCAGCAGCUGGUAUUAUCUCUUUACUGGAGGAGCCAAUGCCUGAAUUGAAGGUGUUUGCUUUGAAAAAACUGGACAUGAUAGUUGAUGAAUUUUGGCCCGAGAUUUCUGAGGCUAUAGAGAAGAUUGAAAUUCUGCACGAAGAUAAAUUAUUUCAACAGCAUGAGUUAGCUGCUCUGGUUGCCAGCAAGGUGUACUAUCAUUUGGGGAGCUUUGAGGACUCUUUAACAUACGCUCUUGGAGCAGGCGAGCUGUUUGAUGUCAAUGCUCGAAAUGAAUACGUUGACACUACUAUUGCUAAGUGUAUCGAUUACUACACCCAGCAACGUGUUUUGGAGGCGGAAAGCAAGCUUCCUCCAGGUAGCAAGGGCAUUGAUCCUAGACUGGAGGGAAUUGUGAAUCGAAUGUUCCAACGUUGCCUGGAUGACCAUCAGUAUCGUCAGGCCUUGGGUCUCGCGCUGGAGACACGUAGAAUGGACAUAUUUGAAGCUGCUAUCAUGCAGUCUGAUGAUGUGAGCGGAAUGUUGUCGUACGCCUUUCAGGUUGCGAUGAGUCUUAUCCAGAAUCGUGGAUUCCGCAACACAGUGCUCCGCUGUCUUGUCAGUCUCUAUCGUAAUCUCAAUACACCCGAUUACGUCAAUAUGUGCCAGUGCUUGAUCUUCCUGGAUGAUCCACUGGCAGUGGCCGAGCUUCUAGACCGCCUGACCAAGGGCUCGCACGAUUGCGUGCUGAUGGCUUAUCAGAUCGCCUUCGAUCUGUACGAAUCCGCGACUCAACAGUUCCUCGGUCGUGUCAUGCAAGCUUUGCGAGCUACCGCGCCCAUCCCGGGAGCAUUAAUGGUUAAGCCGGUAGUUAAACCGGCCGCUGCCAGUACUACUAAGAACGCUGAAACCAAUACUGAGUCCGCAAAUAUGGAGACUGAUGAGGGGACUGUGGUUUCCACUGCGGAAGAAAAGACUCAACGCAGUGUUGAAAGUUUGAACGCAGAAGAGAGAGAACAACAAGAACGCGUAGACGCUUUGUCCAGCAUUCUGGGCGGCGAAGUAUCUAUCGAUCUGCAUCUACAAUUCCUUAUUCGCAGCAAUCAUACCGACAUGCUGAUCUUGAAGAACACUAAGGACGCAAUACGAGUUUCGAUUUGCCACACUGCCACUGUGAUAGCGAAUGCCUUCAUGCAUUCCGGCACAACUAGCGAUCAAUUCUUGAGAGAUAAUUUGGAGUGGCUGGCUCGAGCCACCAAUUGGGCGAAACUGACUGCGACGGCUUCUCUGGGAGUGAUACAUCGAGGACACGAACAGGAAGCUUUAGCCUUGAUGCAAUCUUAUUUACCGAGAGAUUCCGGUGCUGCCGGUGCUGGAUAUUCCGAAGGCGGCGGUUUGUACGCCUUAGGACUUAUACACGCUAAUCACGGGGCUGCCAUUACAGAUUAUCUCUUGGGUCAAUUAAAGGAUGCUCAAAAUGAGAUGGUUCGUCAUGGUGGCUGCCUCGGUCUUGGAUUAGCAGCAAUGGGCUCUCACAGGCAAGACGUUUACGAGCAACUGAAGUUCAACCUGUACCAAGAUGACGCUGUAACGGGUGAAGCGGCCGGAAUCGCCAUGGGUAUGGUUAUGCUGGGAUCUAAAUCCACGCAAGCGAUCGAGGAUAUGGUUGCGUACGCCCAAGAGACGCAGCACGAGAAGAUCCUACGUGGCCUCGCGGUCGGCAUCGCCUUCACGAUGUACGGUCGCCUCGAGGAGGCCGAUCCCCUAGUGACGUCCUUGUGCGCCGACAAAGACCCGAUCCUACGUAGGAGCGGCAUGUACACCCUCGCGAUGGCCUACUGCGGCACCGGAAACAACCAGGCCAUCCGCAAGCUGCUGCACGUUGCCGUCUCUGAUGUUAACGAUGACGUUCGACGAGCCGCAGUUACUGGUCUGGGCUUCCUGCUGUUCCGGACGCCGGAGCAGUGUCCCAGCGUCGUGUCCCUCCUAGCGGAGAGCUACAAUCCGCACGUGAGAUACGGCGCGGCGAUGGCCCUGGGUAUCGCCUGCGCGGGCACCGGUCUGAAAGAAGCCAUCGCGCUGCUGGACCCGAUGACCAACGACCCCGUGAAUUUCGUCAGGCAGGGCGCGCUGAUCGCCUCCGCCAUGAUCCUGAUCCAGCAGACCGAGUCCACGUGUCCCCGCGUCAAGGACUUCAGGGCGCUGUACGCCAAGGUCGUCGUGGACAAGCACGAAGACGUGAUGGCCAAGUUCGGGGCCAUCCUGGCGCAAGGAAUAAUCGAUGCCGGUGGCCGUAAUGUGACCGUAUCUCUGCAAUCGCGGACGGGCCACACGAACAUGCUGGCGGUGGUCGGCGCGCUGGUGUUCACGCAGUACUGGUACUGGUUCCCGCUCGCGCACUGCCUCGCCCUGGCCUUCACGCCUACGUGCCUGAUCGCCCUGAACGCCCAGCUGAAGAUGCCCAAGCUGGAGAUCAGGUCGAACGCCAGGCCGAGCGUGUACGCGUACCCGGCGCCUCUCGAAGAGAAGAAGAGAGAGGAGCGGGAGAAAGUCACCACUGCUGUCCUCAGUGUCGCGGCGCGCGUCAGGAGACGCGAGUCCGAGAGGAAGGCCAGGGAUUCGCACGACAAGAUGGAGGUGAUUACAGUAAAGCCGCGAGCGAUUUACAAGUGCGAGAGUUCCAGCCAGCGAAGAAGCAAACUUAAAAAAACAUUGCAGGAUCCGCCUUCGGAGACAAAGGAGCUUCACGAAGUGAAGGAAGCUGCGUCGUCUUCGAAGGAGAAGGACGACAAGAAGAAUAUCGAGAAGGAGGUCAAGGAGCCGAAGGAGAAGACCGAGAAAAAGGCGGGCAAAGAGGACGAAAAGGAGAAGAAGGAGCCGGAAGCGAGCUUCGAGAUCCUCCAGAAUCCGGCGCGGGUUCUGCGUCAGCAGCUGAAGGUCAUUCAGCCGAUCGAGGGCGGCCAUUACGUGCCCGUGAAGGAUAUUCAAAUCGGCGGCAUCGUCAUGGUCAAGCACAUGCAAACCGACACCGAAGAGGAACUCGUCGAGCCCGUCGCCGCCUUCGGACCGAAGCCCGAAGAGGAGAAGGAAGCCGAGCCACCCGAGCCAUUCGAAUACACCGAGGAUUAAGAACAUGCGUCACUUCCGCCAUUCGUUAUCGCGAUAGAAUUGCGAUAUGUUCGUCCCCCCCGUCACUUUCCCUUGAUAUGUCUCGCUCGUGUUUUUUUAUACCUGUCGCGAUCUUCUCUUAUACGCGUGUCCGCCUAAUCGGCGAAAUACUCAACGAGCUUCAAUAAAAGGCGUUAGAGUUAUUCGUGU